CGAACUGAGCUGUUUUCUCCGCAUUUGUCCGUUACAAGUGGGAGUUUCAGUAAUUAAAUCCUGGAUUUUUUUUUAGAUUUUAGAAUUCGAGACAGAGAAAGAAAGAACGUCGAGACUCCAGAAGAUGGGUUGAAGACUCUGAAAGUAAUAGUGACUUCUGGUAUGCGAAGUUACGAUCUCUUCCAGAAUUGUAAUUACAGUGUUCGUCUCCCACCAAGCACAGUCAUUAGUCAGACUGAAAGAGAUCUUUGGGUGGUGUUAAAGAUGGAAGAGUACUCAUCAGAGAGGAGAUGGGAGGAUAUGGAACUUGAUAUACUGGUGAGGAUUUUCAAGACAUUUAAUAUCAUUGAGCUGACUUCAGGCAUUUCCCGAGUUUGUAGCACAUGGCGCUUGGCUUGUUCAGAUCCAAUGCUUUGGAAGACUCUUGAUUUGGGGUUGUUGAGGUCUAAUUACAUUAAAAUCCCUUCAGCACCAUUUGUUUGGGUAUCUGAUAGCUCAGAUAGGAGAUUGAUGCGGUUGUUGAAGGUUGCACUUGGUCUCAGCCAUGGAUCCAUUACUUGUUUGAUUUUCCAUUUUAAUCUGUAUCUGAAAGAUGAGCACUUGAUCUAUACGGCUGAAAGGUGCCCAGGGCUCAAACGGCUGGUUCUUCCUGCUUGGAAUCGAAUUACUAAGGGUGGAAUCCGUAAAGCUAUCCGCAUAUGGGAAGAUCUUGAAUCAAUGACAAUGCCCAGCAUUGGCUAUCCCCCUUACAUCAUGGAAGAAAUUGGUAAGAGCUGCAAGAAUUUCACUGAGCUCAAGCUGAUGGGUCCUUGUGACAUCAUAUUUGCAUCAACCUUAGCCACUUGGCUUCCCAAACUGAAAGUCUUGAGUUUGCGGUGCUCUAUGUUGACCAAGGAAGUUUUGAUCUCGAUCUUGGACUCCUUGAUGGAUUUGGAGGUACUCAAUAUCUCUCACUGCAUGUUGAUUGAAGUCCCUGAGCCCCCGGCCUCCAAAAGAGUUCUUAGAGAGCUUGAUGAGACAAUCAUUGAGAAGGCGUCCCGGUUACGAGAAUUCUACUUUUGCUUAGAAGAUUCAUGCAUCAUGUGUCAACGUAUGAAAGCUGAUGAAGGUCUCAUUAGGUGGUACAAGUACGAGGAGUGGUCGUGGCGUGUAGACGAAGUUAGCUCCCUUUCACUUGCAAUGGAGCAGCAUGUUGAGGUUGCUGGUGGUGGUAUUGUACUGAGUUAAGUAACAUGUAAUGUGGUCUAUGUACAAUUUACUCUGUGUAAAAUAAAUGCUCAAGCCAGUUUUCCUUCAUGGCCCAUGUACAACAAAGAGAAAUAAUGUAUUAUUAACUCUCUUUUCUUGUA